CCUCAGUCUUUUCUCAUCGACGACACGCAUACUCCCUUGGCUGCUAUACCUUUGCCAUUCUCAUGUGACGACUCUUACCUUUCGGACUGGCCGGAGGAGUUUUGUCAGAAUGUUUACCGGAGACCGAAACCCAUUCCUGCCUCACCAUCUUUAUCUACUAUCCAGUUCGUUGGAUAUGUCGCUAACCCGCGAGCCAACACGCCACUGGCUCGCUUCAAUGUCGUCCCUUACUACCAAGACGGUCAAGAAGACAAUGAAGUAGAGGAUCCGGGUCCUAUGAUCAUUCCGCAGUUCUAUCGCAAGUUGGAAUUACGACGCUCAAGGAGUGGACGACUUGAUGAUACUACUAUACUAAAAUACAACAAGACUGACCAUGCACCUAUGGAAACUAUCACAUCUAGCUCCAUCAUUAACCCCAUAGUGCUAAUACUUUACCAUGUACCAGCUCUUCGCAAUCUACUUUUAUCUCAUAUCUGUGAGGUGGAGCAUUGUAUCGCCUGUCAAAUGGGUUUUGUAUUCAGAAUCAUUAGCGACAAAACCAAGUUGAAGGAAACUGCUGCUUGUACGAAUCUCAUUCGUUCUCUUUUGGUGAGUCGAGGAUGUGAAUUGAUGGGACCAGUACAGACUACGACACAAAAUCUAUUCUCCAAUGUGGUUAACAUGAUUAAUGGGUCAAUGAUCGAAGGUGAAUGUAAAGCUUUGGCCGACAUUUUGGAGUCUGAUCUGACUGUACUAUCGAGAUGUAUUCGUUGCGGUGAACUGAAUGCUUCGGAUGAGAAGAAAGUUGUUAUCUCGCUAAAUUACCCUGAAGCUGCAAACGAACGGACUAUGAGUUACUUGCUGGAGAAGGCUUUGCAUGCUAAAGGGCAACGUGAAGGACCAUGCGCCUCGUGCAAUGUCACGACAAGGACUGACGAUACCAGGAGAGUACAAAAGUUGGCACCGAUACUCUUGAUUGACACAAAUCCAUCUAACCCGAAGUUUGCGGAGUUUUGGGACAAGCAACUCAAAUUCUCUGAGUCGAGACCUCGCUAUCGCGUUCCGGAAAAGGAAUGCACUUUGGAUGGUGGAUCUCGUCCCGAACGACCUUGCCGCUACGGGGCUGAAUGUCGCAAUAGGUUGGUCGACUUACUGCAAGUACUCUCAUGGAACUGA